AUGCAAGCUACAGAGAUGUCGAGGACUAGUUACCUCCCGCUGCUCGUUGCAAGCCAACCAAGGUUGGCCAUCUUUCCAGAAGUCCUUGUGGGAAAAGAUGGACAUUUUACCUCCAAGAAGAGCAUACAGCCUGGAGACGUCUUGAUCAGCGUUCCUUUGGACUUGGCCAUUACUGUACCCGCCAAGAGCAUCAAGGGCGAGCUUUCCUCAGACAUUCGGCUGGCGGUGCUGGAGGAAUCAGGAGAUGAAAACGAACAAAAGAGCAAACUCUGGCAAGAGUAUGCCAAUGCUGUUCUGCCGACAGCUCUCCACUCAGCGGCUCUCAAGCUGCACUUCGAUGAGCUUGUAAGGUGGGUGGAGCGUGAUUGUGCAAAGGAGAACAACCUGGACGAGGAGCGUCUCAAGUGGGCGCUCGGUAUCGUCAGGAGCCGAUCGUUCUUGCUGGACAGCAACGAGGACUUUGCCCGACCAGCCCGUAGUCUUGUGCCUGCCGCAGACCUCUUCAACCACCUGCCCGAGUCCCCCGUCACAUGGGCGAAGCUGGAGUCCGAGUUCAAAGACUCUCUCGAGAUCCUCGAGAACCCCUGGCAGGUCGUUCAAGGGGAUGACGGAGACUCUUACAUCGACAUCUGCUCAACAAGGGAAUGGAGAGCCGGGGAGGAGGUGCUGCUACCGUACGGACUGGAGACCAACAUCGAGCUUCUCUCUGCCCAUGGGCUCGUCCUACGGGACAACGAGGCCGAGUACCUCGUUCUGUACAAGGAUCUUGUUGAGCUGCUCGGAGACGUUUGCGAGCUUGAGUUGCAGGAGAGUCUCGAUACGGUGAAGCUCAAGCUUGAGAAGCUGCAGACUGCGGAUGCCUGUGAAGCUCCUCUUGCUAUCCGACCUGGCAGCGUCGAAGCUUCUGGCCACCUGCUGUCCUCUCUACAGCUCGCGUACGCCACUGUGGACGAGCUGCCGGACUUCGAGGAUUCCUUCAGCCCUGCGAUUGGCCAUUUCACCAUGUGCUCUUCCAGCUUGUCCCCCGAACGCACGAAGGAGCUGCGGGCGAAGGCGAUAAGGAAGGUGAUCAGCCUGUGCGAGGAGGAGCUGAAGAGGAUGGAGACGUCUCUGGCUGACGACGACAAGGAGAUGGAGAAGCUGAAGCCGGUGAGAGCGCAGACAAGUGAAGAGCAGAGUCAGGAGGGCGAUGAGAGGGCGCAGGGAGAGGAGGAGGAGAAGUAG